AAAGACGAUGACGUUAUUUUUGUUUUUUGCUGAGUCGCUGUUGAUUUGGAUGUAAAAACUUAAAUACGUCAGUUCAUUGUUCUUCGUGCUUUGUGACAAUUUUAUAGGUUAGAGUUAAAUAUCAAAACACUUGGUGCAGUCAAAUUUUCAGUGAAAUUGUAAAAUAAAUUAAAUUAUACAAAAUGAAAGUGACGGUUACGACUAUGUCUGAUUUUAUAUUCGUGCUUGAUGUAUCGGAGGAUUUAGAAUUAGAAAAUUUCAAAGCUUUUUGUGAAGUGGAAUCCGGUAUUCCAGCGCCCGAAAUCUUAUUGUCGUUUAACGGUUUACCUUUGCUUGAUGAUAAGAAAAGUUUAAAGCAACACGGUAUUCAUGACGGUGAUGUGGUUAUUAUUCAACACAUGAUUUCAGACUCUCAACACAGUUUUUCAGGAGUACCAAACUUGGACUUUAGCAGAAUACAAGUCCCACAAGCUACGACCGUUAGAGGGGUACCAGGGGUACAACCUCAAAGGCCUGUAGAAGAUGAUCCUGCAAUGAUUCGUGACAUGUUCCUUGCCAAUCCUGAUCAGCUUGCUUUGUUAAAACAAAACAAUCCUCGAUUGGCAGAUUCUCUGUUGAGUGGUAGUCUUGAUACAUUUGCAUCUGUAUUAAGAGAACAAGUUCAGGCCAGACAGGAAAGAGAACAACAAAGACUGCGAAUGAUGAAUGCCCAUCCAUUUGAUACAGAAGCCCAGAGGCUCAUUGCAGAAGAGAUUCGACAGAAGAACAUUGAAGCUAACAUGGAAGCUGCUAUGGAGUAUAAUCCAGAAACCUUUGGAACUGUUACUAUGCUUUACAUUAAUUGCAAAGUCAAUGGGAUUCCUGUAAAAGCAUUUAUUGAUUCUGGUGCGCAAACUACUAUAAUGUCCAGUAGUUGUGCAGAGAAGUGCAAUAUAAUGCGUCUGGUGGACACAAGAUGGGCUGGAAUAGCUAAAGGUGUUGGUGUGCAAAGAAUAAUUGGACGUAUUCACAUGGUGCAAAUUCAAAUCGAAAAGGACUACCUUACAACCAGUUUUUCUGUGCUUGAAGAGCAGCCUAUGGAUAUGCUUUUAGGUUUAGAUAUGUUAAAAAGACAUCAGUGCUGUAUAGAUCUUGGAAAAAGUGUGCUUAGAAUAGGCACAACAGGUACAGAGACAACUUUCUUGCCAGAAAACGAAUUGCCUGAUUGUGCACGCCUUAACACUUUGUCUGAUGACGACUUGAUGCAGCAGGGCAGGAGGCAGCAUGAGGAGAUGGAGCUGCAACAGGCCAUUCAGAAAAGUAAAGAGACAACAAGGCCGAAAGAAAAGAGGAAGAAAAAUUAUUAGAAAAAUGCACGUACUUUCAGAUUGUUCAUUUAUUUAUUUUACAAACUUAUUUAAAAUGUACCUCUUUUUCUAAAAUCAAUUAAAUUUUAUAAUUAACUACUAAUAAAUUGUACUAAAACGUAUACGACUUAAUUUCUGGAAUAACAGCAAAAUUGUUUUUACAAAAUUACCGACAGUAUUUUAUUUUUAAAGAAAAAAAUCGACAUCUUUUCUCUAUGUGUACUCGUAUAAAGGACUUGGGUCAAUAAGAGUAUGAAAAUUAUCCUGAAAAUGAAGGAAGAUAUCUUAUUGAUCGUAGUCCUUUGCAUGCAUGUAGUAUCCGCUGUUAUUGUUUGUGAAGUCGUGUUUGAAAAUGAUAAAAUUUCGGUGUAUACAAAGUUUUUU